AUCCAAGUAGAAUCUUGAAUUUGAGUCCAGAGCUCUCUCUGAGAAACGAGAGCAGCAGCAGCAAGGGAGAUGGGAGUCACCAAGGAACAAGUCGAAGCUACACUCACAUCCAAAUUGAAACCUUCACAUCUCGAUGUAGUUGAUACAUCUGGAGGAUGCGGUGCUAGCUUUGUUAUUGAAAUAGUAUCAGAGCAGUUUGAAGGAAAGAGGUUGCUAGAGAGGCAUCGGGUGGUAAAUUCUGCUUUGGAAGAGGAGAUGAAGGAGAUUCAUGCCCUCUCAAUAAAGAAGGCCCUCACACCAGAGCAGUGGAAACAACAGCUGGAGGCUGAAAAAUCUAAACCUGCUGCUUAACAUCGGUAUAAGAAGUCUAAACUAUGUUCUGUAGCUGAUAAUGCUGGAAACUGCUUGGAAUUGAUUUUGAGUAUGUUGAAACUUUUACUGUGUUUCUUUAAUUCUCAUCCUUAUGCCAAGUUACAGUGGAAUAUAUGUGGCACUUAUUUUACAAAUUUGUAUAUGAGAUAUCUCUUUAUCUAGUUGUUUGAAGAAACUGCAAAAGAAAAUAAGGUAGAAGUUAAUUAUUAGUCCUGUCUUAUGAUCACUGUGUUUGUGAAUUUGUUCAAACUCUUCCCACAUCUAAAUCAUGUCUUAACUUAGAUAGUUUCAUUCGUU